AUGGCUACCAACGCACCCGCAUCGCAACAGACCGGCCUCGCCGCCGCCGCCGCCCAGCGCGAAGCAGCGAUCGCUCCUUCCGCUCCCGCUGCGGUUGCGCCUGAAACCCAUACCACCUCUGCCCCGCCCGAGAACGGCGGCGUCCCAACUGGCGCUACGCACGCCCCAGGCACUGGAGUCGCGGUAACGCACGGAGGACCGGUGGCGAACGACACGGGCGCUGGCGCACCUGCUGCUGCUGCGGGAACGACGGGCGCACACCAUGUCCCUCAGGCCGAUCCUGCUGCGUUGAAGGCGCAGGAGAAGGAGCACAAGCAGCUUGAGAAGCAGCUUCACAAGGAAGAGAAGAAGGAGGAGAAGGUCGUUCAGCAUGCGAUGAAGGAUGCGCAGAAGCAGGCUAAGCAGGAGAAGGCGGCGCUCAAGGCCGAGGCCAAGGCCCGCAAGCAGGUUGACAAGUACACGGCGAAGGAGAUCAAGUAUGCCAAGGGUCUCGCGCGCCAGCAGGAGAAGCACAACAAGAUGGUCCAGACGCUCGAGAAGGCCAAGCACGACCUCGCGACCAAGUCGCAGGAGCGCGAGCGCAUCAUUGCCCUCCGCCAGCCGAAGCAGCAGACGCUCGAGCAGCAGAAGCACAUCAAGGCCGAGCACGACGCCGCCCGCAAGGCCCAGCUCGAGGCUACCGCACCUCACCCGACUGCCGCCGCCCACUGA